GCAUAAAAACCUAUUUCGUGAGAACCCGAAGGGUGGACUUUAUGUCGCAGUUCAUGAACAGCGUGAACGCUCCUACGAGCAUAUCGCCGAUCAUGCACGGCCGUCAUCGCCUUUCCUCGUGCAGCAGCCAGCCAAAGCCUCGACCGCAUUAUUUGCACAUGGUGACCAACCCGAGCAGCUAUCGAAUGAAGGCCAACUCGUUGCCGAGUAUUUUAGACUCGGAGAACGACGUCGACAACGCAGACGAGGACGAUGACAAAGAAGUCACGAACAAGUCGCCCACCUCGACAGCGAGUUAUGGCAAAAAGAAAAGUCGCAGUAAGCCCUGGAAGUAUCUGAAACGUCAGAGGACCACCGAGGAGAUGUCACCGUUCGAUAUCGAGGACAGGCGGGCCACGAUUGUCGAGGCCAAGAAAGACCUCACCCCUGCUGUCUCAAAUUUAGACAACAGUAGCUUGCAUGUGAGAAUCUCUGCCGAUGCCACCGUAGAAAUGGAUCCCAAUCCAAUGCCUUCGAGUCCACUGCUUCCUGGACAAGACACAUUGAGCCACGCAUCUUCGAUAUGUAGCAGAAAAGAUUCCGGCAUUCGCAGUAAUAGUAGACGUAGCAGUAUUCAGCAACAGUUGUUCCUGAUGAAUGGAUUGGCUCAAGGUGAUCUCUUGGGACCGAGAGUGAGUGGGUAUUACACGUCGAGUUCAACGCUCAACUCCACUCACGAGCCAUCAUCCUCCGUUCCUCCGUAUCCAUUUCCACCCGCAGUGACUGACACGUUUGGUGCGUGCUUCCAUAAGCUUCGAAAGCAGUCCGAUUUACAAUUGAUUAGGUGAAAUUUUGCGCACUU